AUGCCCCCGCGCAGUCCGCGCAGCCUCUGCGCAUACCUCAGCCCGACUGAGACAUCAACAAGUCCGUCGCAACGCCCCGUCAACGCCCUUGCUGUUUCCGAACAAAUUCCUCACGGCUACAUUUCUGCCUCGGCCGGCCCAUUGUGUAAGCCCCGGCCUGCUGGGAACAGGCUUGCCAGUUCUCGCUGUCCGGCUCCACGGUGGCUUGGCCGAUGGCUGGAAUGCUGCGAGAGGAAUGGACGUUCACACCAAGCGCGUCAUGUUCUCUCAAGAGCCAUCACAUCCCGCAGGACAGGCCUCUACCAAAGGCAAAAGCCACAAGGCUCCCGCGAUCGAUGCUGUUGGCAGCAGACCGGCGUGAAGACCGUGGGUCAACAGCCGGGCUGUCAUUCUCAAGGGAGGCGCACAUGGCGUAUAUGCGGACUGGGAGCCAAAUUCUUCAAGGAAAGGCUAGCGCUACACAUUGUUCGCCCUAGCUUCGGGAAUGCAGCACGGCCUAUUGUCAAAGUUGACGCAAGCGGAAGGUAUGCGAAAAGCCAGAGAUAG